UUAGUCUGCAUUCGAUCGCGACGUUCCACGGUUGGUAGUCCCCCGCGCACAGGCGCUUCGUGCUGGAAAGGAAAGUUGCCUCGUGCAAAUGUGAGGAAAAUUUCGCGCUCUCGACGUGCGCUGCUUUGGAAUGGUGCUUCCGGUUUGUGAAGAAUUCAACGGAAAACAAAUUGUGCAGAUUUCUUUCGCUGAUAUGGUUUGACCUAUCGGGUUUCUUUCUAUGUUGUACAAAUAAGUGUGCCAAAGUAGUGUUAUUUGGAUAUUGAGAUUCAAUUUGAAAAAUUCUAAGAAAAAAGUGUCGACAAUGAAGUUCAAACUUCCCGUGCUGUUUCUUGCCAUGUGCAUCGCGACGGUUCGAGCCGACUACCCGUCGUUCAAGCCGAUGCUCGCCAAGUCCCCACUGGUGGGCUACUCUGCCCCCGGAUGGCCACCGAAGCUGGGCUCCUCGGGGGCCUCUCCCGCAUCCGCUGCCCUGGCCGCGGCCGCCCUCAAACAGUACAUGGUCCAGCUGCGCAGCGGAACCCGUUUGUCCCCGGUGGCAGUCCGUCCCUCGCCGGCAAUGCUUAUGAGCCUGAAACGACCGGUGAAGUCGGUUUACUCACCCACGUACUCGUUCCUGAAGCAACCCAUGAUCAAGAGACCGAUUCUGAGUGCCUCAGCCCAUUCACCGUUCGUGCUGAACUUGAACUUGAAGCCCAAGUUCCAGAGUUCGCCACCGGGGCCCAAAACGGGCGAGAUCGUGUAUGAAAAGUUGAAACCGUUGGUGUCCCAAUCGCGAUUACCUUCAUCGCCCAAGGACGGCGCAAUUCACACCAUUCCGGCGCCAAAUUUGGCCAACGUAAAAGCGUCCUCGAAGCCUGCCGUCCAUCAGCUGCAGAUCUCGACCUUCGACGAUAACAACCACCUGGAGAUUGAUAUCCACAAGACGACCAAACCAGGCUACAACAACCAUCAGCAACAACAGCAGUCCAGCACGUUCGCCACGCAGCCAACGUUUGCAUCGUACUCGACGCCACAGCCGGUUCAGUUCCAUCGGCCGCCUUAUCCGCCAGCGGCACCACCAACUCACUAUCAGGUGACCGAGGAGCAUAGCAACGAUGUCACGCUGAAGAAUCCGUACUCCGGAAUGAAGACCUACUUCGCACCCGAUCCCGAUCCGUCCCUUCCGAGCAAAACCCUAAUGCCCACGUCCGAUCCGUUGAGCGAACCCAGCAACGGCAGAUAUCCGCCUAAUGAUCUGCUCCUGCAAGCUCAAACCCAACAGGCCCAGAACCAUCACUACCUGACCCCGUCCUCCCAAACCCCGAAACCCUUCUACGAUGUCAACGCGGCACCCCAGGGCUAUGCCAUCCCGUUGGCCAGCCAACCACAGCUGCAACAGCACAUCCUCCAGCAAACGUCGAUGUUGCAAGGAAUGCCACUCUCGCUCUAUAAUCCAACCUACCUCGUGACCCAGUCCAAUAACCUGUACAACAAUCAUCAGCACCAGCUGCAGUCGAACCUGUUCAAGCCGGAGUCCAGCUUCUUGGGUGCGGUUCAGAGCCCGCAGGUAGCGCAACCACCCAACAAUGUCCUGUACAAUUCCUACUCGUAUAAGCACGCCGAACCAGCCGCCGCCAGCCAAGGUCAAAUCCUAGCCGCUACCCAGGACCAACUCCAGGAACUCCAAUCAGCCGUCAGUCAGAUCCAGCUGAACGACCUGCAGCAACAACAUUCCCACGAAACGCCCACCUACGCUCAACUCGUUGGCCACGAACAGCUGGCCCUUCAUCAACAACAAAUCCCCCAAUUAAACCAGCUUGAGCAACAACUUCAACAGCAACUUAUCCAACAACACGAGAAGGCCAACCAACAUCAACUCACGGAAGGCGAAAUUGCGAACCUGCUCAACUUUGGCACCAUCAACUUGCACGAUCAGCUAUCACCCAACGAUUACUACCACUACCAAAUCGACCAAGAACAGCAGCAGCAGAACCAGCAAUACCAUCAACAACAACAGCAACAGCAGCAAUCCUUCUACGAACUGUCCGAACGGCAGAAGGAAAACGACAGGAUCCUAGCGCAAGCCCAGCAAGAUCUCUACCAACAGCAGCACCAACAACCCUACCAAUACAACACGGAAACACCGCAACCCCAACAAUCGACGGCAUCCUCCGAGGAAUACCUGUACGCGUACCAGCAGCACCAGCAAGCCGUAGCCAACGCGCUGGCUCACGGCAACGGGGACAGCCAAAACAGCAAGCGAGACGCCGCCGAUGCGGCGCAGUCAACCCCGGAAAGCCCCCUGCGGAUAUUCGUGCCCGACACGGAGAGCGAAUACCCGAACAGCGUCACAGCCCAGCGCCGUAUGGAUGAGCUGAACUACGAUUACGCCGACGACGAGGAGGCGGCACAGCAGUACAACACGGAACCGAGCACGUCGGCCGAACAGUACGGCGACAUCAACCGAGCGGACGUUGACGUCGAAAGUGACGAGCAGGGUGAGGGCGAGGAGGAGCAGCAGCCGCAGGAAUCGACGGUGGACGAACCGACGGAUGCGGAGGACCUGUACCGGCAGUACAGCAAUCAUCGAUUGAACUAAAGAGUUUGUUGGGAAGAGUGUGAACGGGGGAAAGUUGGGGAUGCGAUCUGGGCAAGUCGGAACUCAAAACAACCGCUGAGCGCUUUUGGCAGCGAAAACGGUUUAAAAAUCAGAAUAUUUCGUUUCAUCUGCCGAAAUUUCGACGAAAAUUUAUAGUUAGAUUCGGAAAAUCCCGCUCCGAAAAUGUUCCAAAAACAUCCAUAGGAUUUUGAUGGUCGUGUGCUCUCUUGUUCUAUCUAGAUAGAAUCCCAGCAAGCUUAGUACAAAAAAGCACACCGGCAUCGAUUUAUCUUUGCCCCGAUCGGUACUGUCAACUUGGGUGCGUCUAUGUAGUGUGAUCUUGAUAAAUUACAGGAAAUUCGUGAGAAUCACAGCGUUUGAUUUGAGUAGAAUGAUGAAUGAUUUUAGAGAUUGAGACUCUGCGGGUUACUCCAGAACUCUAAACUCCAAAUACCUGGCCAAUAAUAAUAUUUAUUAAUCGUUCCGGCAGCUAUGAUUACUGCUGCUUAUAUUUAU